UGUGCCUCCCACCCCACGCCCCACCACGGCCCUCACCUGUGUGUUGCGGUGCUUCCCCUGCGAGCCGUCCUGGGCCGGCAGCCCCUUCCUGCACCGCCCCCAUACUUCGCCCAGCAACAGCAACGCCGUCGCCCCUGAAACCGCCGCUGUCUCCCAGGCUGUCAUCAUGACGCGCUCCAAGACCUUCCAGGCCUACCUGCCCAACUGCCACCGUACCUACAGCUGCAUCCACUGUCGAGCUCACCUGGCCAACCAUGACGAGCUCAUCUCCAAGUCCUUCCAAGGAAGUCAAGGUCGAGCUUACCUCUUCAACUCAGUGGUGAACGUGGGGUGUGGACCAGCAGAAGAGAGGGUUCUGUUGACAGGGCUUCACGCGGUGGCUGAUAUCUACUGUGAAAACUGUAAAACUACGCUGGGCUGGAAAUACGAGCAUGCCUUUGAGAGCAGUCAGAAGUACAAGGAGGGGAAGUUCAUUAUCGAGCUGGCCCACAUGAUCAAGGACAAUGGCUGGGACUGAGGGGGCUUACUGCUAGCUCAUCCACAUGGCCCUAUUCACCUGAGACACAGCUCAUGUACUCCCACAAUACACAGUGUAAUGGUGUGUGUGCGCGAGUGUGCGUGCAUGUGUGUUUACCAGAAUGAUAAUCUCCAGUCUAAAGCAUAUACAGAUAUGCACAAACACACACACACAGUUGCACAGAGACGUGUGUUUGUAUUCACUCUGCAUGCUGAAGCUUUUCCAGGCCUCAGGGUGGACAGGAGCCCACAGGUUAAGGGUUAUAGGUCAUAGGUUAUGGUCUCUCUGGGGAAUGAAUGAGAUGAACAAUGACCAUGGUAAUGGACAGACAAGAAUGGACCCCUCCAACCCCCCAAGACCCACUAACCCUACAAUGAGGUGAAAUUCUGUUCAACAUUCCGUUUUUUACCUGCAAUCACCCUCACUACCCUACAUGGAUCCUUCCACAUUAAUGCAUUUUUUGGUUACUAUGUUUCAAUGGACUCCAUUGAAUUAGGAAUUAGAAUCAUUGUAUAGUAUCUCUAUGAUGGGCAGACUCAUGGAAGACACCAACCAACCAGAAUCACCAGACUUCUUGAAGCCUGAAAUCGUCCAAAACUCCUUUCAACCAAAUCAGCACCUUAUCGUUCGGGAUUGAGUUUGAAACAGAUUGUCAUAAAUCUAAUACUGCUUGAUUGUUCAUCUUUGCUGUUCUUAGUUUUUUUAUUCGAGCAUGUGUUUAAGCUAUGGAUAUAUUUGUUAAUUUAUUUGGUAUUGUUUGGGGACAAUCCCCUUUUCCCCCCUUGUUAAAAGGUAGUAGCUUUGUUGGUUCCUCCCUCACUUCCAAUGGUAGCAAUCUUAAAAAGGAGGUGUCAUUCAAGUUGUCAUCCCUUUGCCGAUCUGGGUGUGCUAUUACCACCCUCUGUGAAUGUUUUAGUAAUGGCAGUGUGUGAGAGGAACCCAGGUUGCACAAGGUUUACAUGUCAACAGUCUCAAAGCAAUGCAGACAUGAAGGUGAUGCAAACUGAUGAGGAAAUUAGGCAUGUGAAGUGCCCCUUUCCUAGACGCUGAUCUGAAGUCAGUGUUGUGUCACCCCCCAUCCCCCCAGAGGUUAAGGUUAGGAUAUGGAGAGGGAAAGCUGAUCCUAGAGCUGCAACUUCUAACACACACCUCACACAGACUGAUGGUUGUGAACUGGUGGUUCUCUGUUUACCUGGGUUUGCAUCCUCCACUGCCUCCUUGCUUAUUUGUUUUGUUGUUGAUUUUAUAAUAUUUGAGAAUUACAACAUUUAAAAUGGACUUUCUACAGUCUGAAACAGGAGAACCAAUCGAAAGCCACAGAAUACCCAAUCAGAGGGUGUCACACAUCCCAGCACAACAACCAAAGACUCCCAUCAACAAUAAGUUGACCAAACAAUGGACCUUGCGAUUGAUUGCUAGUAUCAGGAAGUUGCCGAAUGAAAGAUUGUGAUUGGCCGAGAGCCACUGUCGAACCUUGGCCUUUCUCUGUGAGAUAAUGCAUUGUUUGGUUGCGACAAUUACAAUGUUAAUAGCUGUAUAUUCACUAUGAACAUGUGCAUUAUUAUGUAAUGAUAAACAGUAUUACACCAUGUAAAUAGCCAUAUUCAAUGUUUUAUUUAUUCAAUUGAUGAUUAUUUUAGUCUAUGCUCUGCUGUCUGUCUUGGGGCCCCUUGGACAGUUAGAUUUCCUACUUUUUUACUAUUUGGAGAGAGAAAAAAUAAGAAAAAAAGUAUUUUGCAAAGGAAGGAAAAUUGAUGGAAAUAUACAGUAUGGAGACUCAAUAAAGAUUCUCAUUUGAUCGAUCUGAAACAGAGGCCAAAGUAUGUUUUAUACUCACCUGGUUGCUAGUCUUGUACUUUAGCCAACCCCUUUGGCUUUUGAGAUGACAACAACCACAGGUAGCCUCGUGGUUAGAGCAUGGGGCCAGUAGCUGAAUGGUUGCUGGAUGAAAUCCCCCGAGCUGACAAGGUAAAAAUCUGUCGUUCUGCCCCUGAACAAGGCAGUUAACCCACUGUUCGCCGGUAGGCCGUCAUUGUAAAUAAGAAUUACUUCUUAACUGACUUGCCUAGUUAAAUAAAAUAAAUAAAAACCACAAAUGAGCUGGCUAAAACAGAAACAGAUCUGGCAACCAGGGUCAUUGUAUUGUACAUACAGUGCCUUCAGAAAGUAUUCAUACCCCUUGACUUAUUACACAUUUUGUUGAACCUGGAUUCAAAAUGGAUUCAAUAUUUCUUUCUUACCCACAUUCACACACGCACAUGCACAGACACCACCCCAUCAUGAUAAAUUGAAAACAUGUUUUUAGAAAUAUUUGCACAUUGAAAAUGAAAUACAGAAAGAUCUAAUUUACAUAAGUGAGUCAAUACAUGUUAGAAUCACCUUUGGCAGCGAUUACAGCCGAGAGUUUUUUGGGGUAAGUCUCUAAGAGUCUCUAAGUCUCUAAGACACCUGGAUUGUACAAUAUUUGCGCAUUAUUCUUUUUAAAAUUCUUCAAGGUCUGUCAAGUUGUUUGUUGAUAAUUUCCAAGCCGAUCUAAGUCAAAACUGUAACUAGGCCACUCAGGUACAUUCAAUGUCGUCUUGGUAAGCAACUCCAGUAUAUACAGUACAUGUGUUUUAGGUUACUGUCCUGCUGAAAGGUGAAUUUGUCUUCCAGUGUCUGUUGGAAAGCAGACUGAAGAAGGGUUUCCUCUAGGAUUUUACCUGUGUUUAGCUCUUUUCUGUUUAUUUUUAAACAAAAAAACAUCUUAAUCCUUGCUGAUGACAAGCAUACCAAUAACAUGAUGCAGCCACCACCAUGCUUGAACAUAUGAAGUGAUAUUCAGUGAUGUCUUGUUGGAUUUGCCACAAACAUAAGGCUUUGUAUUCAGAACAGACAGUUCCUUUCUUUGACACAUUUUUUGCAGUUUUACUUUAGUGCCUCAUUGCAAACAGGAUGCAUGUUUUGGAAUAUUUCUGUACACACAAACUUCUUUUCACUCUGCCAUUUAGGUUAGUAUUGUGGAGUAACUACAAUGUUGUUGAUGCAUCCUCACAGCCAUUAAACUCUGUAACUGUUUUAAAGUUA